CGGUACCGACUCCGACGUAGUCAUUAGGUAAGCUUUGAGCUCCUGCAUUUGCUUGACGAAGCUAUUGCAGCCUUGCACCUGGCACCUACCUAGCUUUAAAGUAGACUUUACAUAAUUGCACUCGCCAUCCCACCAUUUCUUCAUCCUAAUUCGAUCUGAACAUUUCGUACUUCCUCCGUCAUACAAGGCUUUAAGUCACCAUGUCUGUAAUACCCAUCAUAACGUUUAAGGCGGGCAUCUGUGAUAUCGAUCACUCCGAAAGACCCUACAAGAUCAAGGCUUCACCACGGCCUGGCUAUAUCUACCUCUACUCCGAAGAUGAACUGCUUCACUUCUGCUGGCGCGAGCGCAGCGCUCCCGCCGAUAACCCCGACCUAGAUCUCGUAAUGGUUCCUACUGAUGGCCACUUCGUCCCCUACGACCCGAAAGCCCAGCCUUCUCGAGCUAUCAAACCAAACGGUCGUGUCUUCGUCCUCAAAUUCCUCUCCUCGUCCCAACGUCACCUAUUCUAUCUACAAUCGAAACCCCAAGGUAGGACUGGAAACCCUCGCUGGUUCAGUCCUCGCGAUCUCAAGAUCGGAGAUAUCGUCGAUAAACUCUUGCAGGGCGAAGAUGUAGAUGUUGCGCGCGAGCUCGCCUCGAUCAACAAUAGCAACAACGAUGACCGACACGGAGACGAUGACGACGAGGCUAUGGAGGACGUUGAGGGCUCUAGUGAUCCUCGCGGCGGAAGCGGUGGUGCUGGCGCAGGCGCGACUGGCGGCGACGUGCGGGAAGAGGGAGAGGGUGCGCGAGAGGGCGGUGCCGACGGAGCUCGAGCUGCCGCCGGAGGCGCAUCCGAUGCUGCUACAGCAGUAAGAAACUUCUUAAACUCGUUACAAGGAGGGGGUAGCGGCGCAAGCCAAGGAGACGGAAAACUAUACCCGCUUCUUUCGGAUCUUCUUACGCCACCCGUCACUGUCCCCAUGGCCCGACAGGCUGAAGAGGAGCAGGUAGACAACCUACUUAGCUUCCUUCCCCCCUCGGUCCUCAUUCUCUCUCAACAAGCCAACCAAGGAGAUUCUACAGCCGAACCUACGGCCGCGGCGAUACAAGCUGCUCGGGAAGCGAUGAGCCUCGGCCAGAAGAAGGCGCUUUUAGAAAAGGUCUUACGGAGCCCACAGUUCCAUCAGAGUCUAGCGAGCUUGACGAUGGCUAUCCGAGAUGGCGGCUUGCCCAGCAUCGCGGACGCACUCUCAAUUAAGGUAAAAAAUGGAGGAUACUUAAGAGGAAGCCAGAUGCCGCUAGGUGGCGGGGAUGCUGUGGAGGCUUUUGUCGAAGGUGUUAAAAAGACCGUCCAGGAGAAACAGUAGAUAAGAUUUGAUACUCCUAGGUUAUACUAUUUAAACAGAGAACCCCAGGCGGUUAAUAGAUGCACACAGUUGAUCUUGGUGUAUAGAGUCU